AUGUUUGAACAGAAAGGAGCACGAAGCGGGCGGCGAACCAUUUUGAUGGUGGCAUCGACGACCAUGGCCGCAUUGUACGCCCUCACGUGGAUCGCCAGCCUGCGAUUCAGCUUCGGCCCAGCGCAACUCCAUCACGUCGGAUUUAAAAACCUACAGGGAGUGUCCAGCCGGGACGACGACCGCAUAAAAAAUCGGACGCUUGGCUUUGAAAAGAUUAUAGCGAUCGGGCUACCAGAGCGAUCCGACAAGCGCGACGCCCUCUCGCUGAUGGCAUCGCUGAGUAACGUGGACAUUGAUUGGGUUGACGGUGUGAAAAUGUCUGCCCUGUCGGCUAAAUCGGCUCCCUUUGGCAUUAAUUUUACUGCUAUGGAGGACAAUUUUCUUGCAAGCUGGAGGUCGCACAUGAACGCUAUAAGACAAAUCGUCGAAUCAGGUGUAUCGUCCGCACUCAUCAUGGAAGAUGACAUGGACUGGGAUGCACACGUCAAAACGCAGCUGACUGGUGUUGCUCACGGCGUUCACCAUGUCCUGAAUGAACAGUCAGGCCGACUGCACUCCCCGUACGGAGAUGCGUGGGAUCUCCUCUGGCUUGGUCAUUGCGGCGAGCCCUUCCCAGAAACCCUUGAAGAGAACGCAGGUCUUGACGACGAAGCCAAGGAAAAGAUGUCCAGCAAGUACCUGAUCCACGACGAUUGGACCGUUCCACCAUACGAAAACGUGUCACACCUUGUCGAUUGGACAGCCUUUCCCGCUGGUACUAGGGUAAUUCACAGAACCGCUGCCCCCAUUUGCUCAUUUGCGUACGCAAUUACUCAGCGCGCGGCUCGAAAGAUUCUGUAUUCGCUGAGCGUCGACGGGCUGCACAUGGCGUUCGACAACUCUCUCGCCCAGCUCUGCCGCGACUCUGCGUACGACAUGGGACGAGAUACAGAUACCAGCUAUAAGCUGCAGUGUGUCAGCGUAAAUCCAACAAUUAUGUUCCACCACCGGCCAAAAGGCAGCGUGACUGGCGACAGCGAUAUUCAGAGUUAUGGAGGCGAUGGUAGCAUGCGGGACCAAGGCUACACAGAAGCUGUCAAAUGGAGCAUGAGGCUUAAUUUAAAGAACAUACUUCUGGGUAAGGCAUUAGAGCCGCAAAUGGGACCGGGGUUUGAAGAUCAAUAA